AUGAAUAACAACCAAGAUAUAAAUCCAUUUGAUGAUCCAUCAAUUCGACAGGCAACAGCACAAACACUUUCAAAUCAACAGACAUUUAAUGAAUAUAAACCAUUUUCAAAUGCUACAUCAGUCAAAUUAAAAUCAGCUAAUACAGUCGUUACAUUAUCAUCAUCUGAUCAACCGCCAUCAUAUUCAUCAGCAAUAACAUCAAUUCCUGUUCAACAAGAAACAGAAAACUUUUCUAGUAAUACAAAUCGUAUUGAUCUUACUCUGUAG